UAAAUAACAUAUUCCAAUCCACCAUCAACAAAAUCAAUAGUUUUCCUCUUGCCGAGCAUCAGAUCUAUAUUCCCUUCCAUUCUACUUGAUAUUUUUGUCGAUAUUGAAAAUAAAAACAAUCAUCACUAUGGCCACUCAAACCACCUCAACUGCCGUCCCGACGACUUCGGCGGUGUGUACUAAUCUCUACGAUAUUCCUUCUAGAGAUGCCGUCUGCGCGAUGCCCUACGCCGACAACUAUAUCAACAUGAUGUCCGAAUGUUGCGAGGAUGCGGAUGUGGUCAGCUACUAUAACAACUGCGGUCUUUACUGUCUGGCUGUAGACCAGACCGUAGCGGACCUUACCGACUGCCUUUACGACAAAGGUGCUAAGUGGCAGGACGUGUUUUGCAGAGGAAACACCACAGCGACAGCUACGGCAACCGGCGCAGGGGAAAUUGACGCGAGCGCGUCGGCAAGCGUUAUUUCAUCCGAUAGCGCGACGAAGACUGGCGACAGCAACAGCGAUGAUGAUGAUAGUUCCAGCACAGCCACGCCUGGUGCCGCCCCGCUCACCAAACCCCAAACCACGACGACUGUCUUAGGAUUCGCUAUCGGGGCUUUGCUCUUCUCGGCCACUGCAUUCGGUGCUAUUCAGAUUUGAUAUCGCAUUUGGUUUAAUACUGUUGCAGGGCAAACUGCAACCAAACGGAAGGAAGAAGGAUGGCUCCUCAGGCACCUGCAACGAAUACCUAUCUACGUAUUAUAAUUCCU